GGAUGCGGACUCCUAGCAAAGCAGACAUUUAUCUCUUGUCUGUCAGGCGAUUGAAAUACUUCCAGACUCAGCGAACAGACGGCAGCACAGCAGCAGCAGACAGGAUGGAAGUCCCUGUGUCCUUUGUGCUGGUGCUAGCAUUCAUCUGUCUUAGCCACAGCCUGGAACUACAAAAUGCACUGGACAGGUUGAAAAGGUCUCAGGAACAUGUGGUGUCAGACCCCAGUGACUGUGUGUCCAGGACCAGGCAGCCAGUCUCAGCAAACCCUCACAAUUUUUCUGUGGACAUUCGGAUGCCUGCUGUUGUCCCAGCUGCAUCGGACACUUACCUGUGCACAGCAUUUUCGGUGCCAACUAGUCAAGAUGCCUAUAUUGUGGACUUCAGACCUCAUGCCAGUAUGGACACAGUUCAUCACAUGCUUCUGUUUGGCUGCCUGACUCCCGUGUCCACCAGCAGUUACUGGGACUGUGGAAGUGUACAAGGCACCUGUGAGGAUGAGGCAUCCAUUAUGUACGCCUGGGCGCGGAAUGCACCACCUACUAAAUUACCCAAAGAUGUUGGUUUCAAAGUUGGAAGAAGUUCAGGAAUAUCCCACUUUGUGCUGCAGAUCCAUUAUGGAGAUGUCAGUGCUUUCAGGGACCAUCAUAGAGAUUGCUCAGGACUAACCUUACAGAUGACAUCCAAACCGCAGCCGUUCAUUGCUGGCAUAUACUUGCUUAUGUCUGUGGACACAGUUAUCCUUCCAGGAAAAAAAGAAACAAAUGCAGACAUGGCCUGUGACUACAGUUCAUAUCCAAUCUACCCGUUUGCCUUCAGGACCCACACACACCACCUCGGUAAAGUGGUAAGUGGCUACAGGAUACGAGGCGGGAAGUGGAGCCUGAUUGGAAGACAGUCCCCUCAGCUACCACAGGCUUUCUAUCCUGCUAACAAGGAUGUCAGUGUGAAGUAUGGUGACACCAUUGCAGGCAGAUGUGUGUUUACUGGGGAAGGCAGAACCUCCAAAACAUAUAUUGGGGCUACCUCUGCUGAUGAAAUGUGCAACUUCUACAUAAUGUACUACAUGGACAGCAGACAUGCCGUCCCCUACAUGACCUGCAUGGAGCCAGGCUCCAAAGAGCUGUUCCAGCAUAUUCCAGAUGAAGCCAACAUGCCCAUCGCUGUCAGUCCAGCUGAUAUAAACUCUAUGAUGCAUAUGAGGCACUCAACAGAUCAUCAAGAUAACAGAUUGCUGUGGGACGACAACAAAGAGGCUCUGGAUCAGGACUACCACUUGGAGCAGGUGGGAGGCUGGCCCCUGGAUUCUCUGCAGGUGGGUCAGGUGUCAGGACUGGCCCUCGACUCAGAUUCUAACCUGGUGAUUUUCCACAGAGGGGACCAUCACUGGGGGGCAGACUCUUUUAACAGCCAGGCUAGAUACCAGCAGAGGUCCGUGGGUCCUAUUCAGCAGUCCACUAUCUUGGUUGUGGACCCAACCAAAGGCACCAUCUUGAAGGCUUCUGGCAGAGACAUGUUCUACUUGCCUCACGGAAUAACUACAGACAAGAAUAAUAACUACUGGGUCACAGAUGUGGCUCUUCAUCAGGUGGUAAAGGUGAGCAGCGAUGGUAGAGAUAGAACAGUGCUGGCAUUAGGAGAGGCUUUCACACCAGGCAGUGACAGCAGCCACUUCUGCCAGCCCACCGACGUGGCUGUGGACGGAGACACUGGAAACAUCUUUGUGUCUGAUGGCUACUGCAACGCCAGGAUCCUCAAGUUCUCUGCUGAUGGCCGAUACUUGUCUGAGUGGGGUGCAGGCUCAUCAGACAGGAGGAGGCGCAUACCAUUCCGGAUCCCCCACAGCCUGGUGUUCCUCCCCGACAGACAGGAAGUCUGUGUGGCUGACAGGGAGAACGGACGCAUCCAGUGCUUCAUAGCCCAAACUGGAGAGUUUGUUAAGGAAAUCAAGAAAGAGGAGUUUGGGGGGGAGGUGUUUGCCAUCACGUAUAGCCCUGCUGGAGAUGGCUUGAUUUUCGCAGUAAAUGGGGAAUCUCCGUUUGGCUCAGCUCCACUUCGAGGUUUUGUAAUUGAUUAUUCCACCCUGGAUAUUUUGGAUAUCUUCAAACCAGAGGAAAAGGAGUUUAAAAUGCCUCACGACAUGGUUGAAAGAGGAGAUGGCUGCGUGUUUGUCGGGGAUGCAGGCAGUAAAUCAGUCUUCAAGUUCACCACUGAGAAGUUACAUCGGUCUGUCAAGAAAGCUGGAAUCGAGGUUCAAGAACUUGAAGAAAUGGAGACGUUUGUCCAGACUAAACUGAGGCCGGAGCACAACAUGUCGAAGGCAGCAGCCGUCCAAGAGAAGCAAACUGUGGCUCGGCAUGAAGCCUACACAGAAGCAGCAGAGAAGAAGAAGAGUGCAGCUCAGCCCAGCAGGGGGCAGGCUGUUCUGCCAGCCAUCAUCACCACCCUGCUGCUCGUCCCUCUGCUGCUGCUGCUCUCCACUGGACUCUUCAUCUGCUGGAGGAAAAACAACCGAUGUGAGGUAAAAUCCGAACCCAGCUCUGUGGGAGGAAUCUGGGGGAAAAUAAGAGGUAAAGCUGUGGGCAGUCUGAACCUGGGGAACUUCUUUGCGUCGCAUAAGGGUUACAGUCGCCAGGGCUUCGACCAGCUGAGCACUGAGGGCAGCGACCAGGACAGACACGAUGUUGACAGCAGCGACUCGGAGAACGAGGAGUACUCCGCUCUGCCGCCGCCUCACCCCCCCUCUUAGACUCUUUGGCCAGUCACCAAGCUCCUGCUUACAGUGCUGAGUGUAUGCUUUUCAUCACGUGUCUAACCGUUGUAAAGCUGCCAAUCUUAUUAUUUAUAUAUUUAAAAAUGUGCUGUAUAUAAAGAUAAUUUAAACAUUAAUGUAAUUGAAUCGUGGUCUUGAUAAAGCGUGGUCUUGGUAAUUCAUUUCACACAUUUCACUAUGAAAGAUUGUUUUCCCCAAAUCAAACUUGCAUUGAGUAAAACCAUUAGCACAGCUCUAAUGAUUUGGCCUUAGAUCCAGCCUUAAAACAAGACCAAAUCUCCCAAUGGCUUAAGCCAGUGUUUUUCAACCUUUUUUGAGCCAAGGCACAUUUUUUACAUUAAAGAAAUCUUGAGUCCCACCACCAACCAAAAGUGUAACAAAAUGACAAAUUUACAAUGACAAUUGACUAAUUGUCAUUGUAAAUUUGACAAUUAGUCAAUUGUCUCUCAAUUUAUUUAUGCUCUCUCAAUUUAUUUAUACUCACUCAGUGUGAAACCUGGGAGUGUUUAGAUGAACACAAAGCUGAUAUCCUGGCAGGAACUGAAGAAAGGCACACACAAAGCUCUUCCUCAACAGCUCGCAGUCUCUCUGUUUUUAGUUUUUAUAGCAGUCAUGCUUGAAAAGCUCGCUUGGGACCAUGACAACUUUUCCCGAGACACCAAGCAUAACGGAGUCGGUGCAUCAGGAUCCCCGGUGAAAGUAAAUCCAAACGAAAGAUAACUUGCUGUAUUUUCUUGAGCUCACCGUUUUUGCUUUCUUUUGACCACCACUCAUACCACUCUCUUCAUCUCCGUUAGAAUGUUGUCCAAGGCCCAGUUUGGAGUCUUUUUCUUUUCAUGUUUUAGUUUAAUACCAUUUCAUGCUGAAUGUUCUGCCUUCUUUGUAUGUGCCAUUACAAAAUGCAUUAUGGGAUUAAAACAGCUGCUGCUUUUUGAGCUUG